UUUGGCACCCCAGGGCUUAGAAAUGCCACCCCACUUAAAAGUGGGGAAAUACUAUUAUGCCCCUCCGUGUUUUAUUUCGGACUACCAAUGUCCGAAAUAUUUCGGAUAUAUCGAUUCCGAUAUGCAUCGGAUGGUAAAGUUCCGAACACUGUUACUAUUAAAUCCAAAACACGGGCUCAUUUCUCAUUUCAUUCCGAAAUCCUUCUUGAACUUCCAUUUCCGAAGCCCUCCAAACCUUCACAGCCUUCAUCGAGCUCGCCUUCAUCAGAGCUCUCUCUUCAUCAUCUUCUUCGGAGCUCUCUUCUUCGUCAUCUUCUUCGUCAACUGCAAUAGAGGUAAUCUUCGUCAUCUUCUUGUUAGGGUUAGGGAUUCGAAUGGGUUUUAGGGAUUCUUGAAAUUAAUUUGUGGAUUUAGGGCUUUAGCGAUUUGAAGAUGUCUGAUUGUUGGGUGAAAUUGUUGGGUGAAAUUGUUGGGUGAAAUUGUUCAUGAACGGGCACCAUGUUUUCACACCCCAGAACGAAUUGAAAUCCACAUCCCUUUCACUGUUUGUUAUCUACCCUGAGUUUUGAGUUCUGGAAGCUGCAUUUUCUCACCUGUUAUCUACCAUGUUUGCAUUUAUUUUUCUUAACAUUGAUCCAUUAGUUUUUAUUGAUAGGCAAGCAGUUGAAACUGUGAAAUUCCCCUCUGAACUUAAGAACUUGAGCAAAAAGAUUUGAUUGAGCACAAAGGGAGAACUUGACUUAUCUUGUUUCAGAUGGCUAAGAGGAAGAGCCAAGGGCGCAGGAAAUCACAUGUUGCUGGGAGCUCCCAUGAUGCCACGGAGGAUGUUGAGGAUCGCCACACAGCCCCGGAUGAUGUUGAGGAUCGCCACAGACGGCUGCAUGCUUCUUUUCGUAGAGUCAGAGGCAGAUUUGGUGAGGACCAGGAUGUUGGUGGGACAUCAAAUGAGGAGCGUCGAGACCCUUGUGAGAUGAUUCCUGAGCCUUCUCCGCCUUCUCCGCCUUCUCGUCAGACGACUCCCGAGCCUUCUCCGCCUUCUCGUCAGAUGACUCCUCAGAGUUCGACAGAGAGUGAGCAUGAGGUUGAUGUGGAGCAUGAGGUUGAUGUGGAGCUUCAGGUUGAUGUGGAGCCUGAGGUUGGUGUGGAGCUUGAGGGUGAUGCUGGAGCACGACGGGAUGAGGUGCCAGUCCAGACAGAGGCACCGUUUCCAGGGGGGCCUGAUGAUCUGUCACUGUUGGUCCGUUACCCACAUCACGUUGCGCCGUGUCUGUGGCAUCAUAUUAUAGGCACCGACCCGCGUUACCCCGAUAGAGGUGUGUUGAAGUUUGCCAGCGCUGGGAUGAAGCUGGCAAAGCUGACAUGUGAGGGCGAGGGAGACGAUAUGAGCGCUGUUCGUCAGCGUGUGGAGGGGACCGGACUCUAUCCGCUCUUCAGUUGCACCUAUCUGGAGAUAGACACACCCCUUCUAUCUGCCCUCGUCGAGAGAUGGCAUGAGGAUACCAGCAGCUUCCACAUGCCAUUCGGGGAGAUGACCAUCACCCUGGAUGACGUGUCAUCUAUACUUCAUUUGCCGAUGGGUGAUAGGUUUUAUACUCCCGGACAGGCCAGCAGAGAACAGGCAGCGGAGACCUGUGUUCUGCUCUUAGGAGGGGUAGCCACGGACUACAUCAUGGAGUUUAAGGCGGUGAAGACCAUUGGCUUGCGAUUCGGGUUCUUGCAGACUCUUUACACUAGGGCUCUUGCUGAGCAUCGGCAUGACCAUGCAGCACGGAUGUGGCUACUUCACCUCCUCGGCUCGACCUUGUUUGCGAACAAGAGUGGAGGACACUACACUUCUGUCCAUUGGAUCGGCAUGCUGCAGCACCUUGAUCGGGUGUCAGAGUAUGCGUGGGGCGCCAUUGCACUAGCUACACUGUAUGAUGCACUUGGUCAUGCCUCACGGAGGAAGACCAAGCAGAUGAGCGGUUGUUCUUCCCUCCUGGUAGCUUGGGUGUUUGAGCACUUCCCACCCACCAUUAUUCAGCGGAUUGAGGUCCCCGAGUACACGGAGGACCAGCCCAGAGCGUGCAGGUGGAUGGAGUCCCGGGCUGGGCAUGCUGGACUGAUGGAGAGGCGAGUUCUCUUCGAUGAGAUGACGGCAGAGGACGUCAUAUGGACACCGUAUGAGGAGCACAGGAGUCACAGAGAGCUGGACGUCCGAGCUUUAUACUCAGGCUACAUCCGGACUCCCAUCCGGACGGCCGUGCGACCUCAUCUUCCUGAGCGUGUGAUGCGGCAGUUUGGGUACGUGCAGCCUAUCCCGCGACACCCAUCUGUUGUGAUGGGCAUGAGUUCUGCUGCGGAGGUCGUUGAUGCAGCAUACCAGGAUUAUGAGCCACACUUGAUUCCAGGGGGGGUCCCUAGUAUAGUGGAUGGAGCGGCAGUAGAUGAUUACCUGGACUGGUACACCGGUGUAUCUCACCGGUUCAUCAUCCCGGAUGAGAGUAGGGCCGAUCUCAGUGCUGUGGCUUCUUUGCGUCGGGCCGUUGAUUUGCUAGAGCAGGGACUUGAGGUCGACGACGGUCCCCCUAGAGAUACACGCUCCCGCACUUUAUUAGAGAAGUGCCUCACUGUCAUCAGAGACUUGAGCAGGACCCAGGGCGUCACUUUCGUUGGUGUACGAGGAGGCAGAGGUCGAGGCAGAGGAGGAGGCGGAGAUAGAGGAGGUGGCAGAGGCGGAGGCAGAGGUCGUAGGGGUAGGGUGGGUCGUAGGGGCAGGGGGCAGUGA